CAGCCAUGGGGAAUAACCUGAGCGUGCCAGAGGAAGCUGAGGAUGACAACACCUGCACAGUGAAGAGUUACCAGCCUCUCCCCGAGUCUCCCGAGGGUAUCACGAAUGGAUCCGCGGUGUUUGCUCAGAGCCCUCCCCCGGCAGGGAAUGGUGAAGCAGAUGCCAAGGCAGCAGCAGCCCAGGAUAACGCGGCCGUUUCUCCAGCAGAGCCAGCAGCGCCAGGCCCCGGUGGUGCCCGGGCGGGCGGGCAGAGCGGCGGGAGCGCUGCCAGCAGGGCCCUGCCAGCUGCCAGGCCCCGCUCCCUGCUGCCCUUCCCCUGGGCCGUGCCAGCGCCUGCCCAGCAGCCAGCGGCAGCUCCAGCCCCCGCAGAGCCCACCCUGGGCGCCAGCAAAGGCCCGGGCGAGGGCACAGAGGGGCCUGGGGCAGCCCCCCAGCAGGGAAGCCAUAAAAACCCCGGGCAGGCCCCGCUGCAGGACGUGGGGCUCGCGGGGACACCUGAGGGACGCGAUGUGGCCGCCCCCAAGGGCAGAGCAGUGACACUCCUGGACAGGAUCUUCAGGCUGGAGAAGGGCACGGCGAGGACGGCAGGGGACCCUGAGCAGGGCAGGCAGGGCCUGGACGUGCCCAACGGGAGCAUCGCGGCCCACGGGGAACCGCUGCGCGAGGAGAUAGAUGAGUGCAGGCAGAAGGAGCUUGGGCAGGACUCUGCAGGUGAACAAGACCUGGCUGCACCUGGCAGGGCACAGGCAGAGCAGCACAGUCCCCAGGCAGCUGCAGGACAGGGCUCAGUCAUGAGCUUCCUCAAAACUCUGGUCUCCCCAAGCAAAGCUGACGCCAAAAGUGAUUCUGAAGACAAGGGCUCCAAGGCGGAGAAGGGCGCGGGGGGACAGCCCAGCCCGAAGGCAGCACCAGGAUCCCCCUCCAAAGGAGCCAAGAAAAAGAAAGCAGAGAGCCCCAAGCUGGGCCACGGCACCUUUAGCAAACUCUUUAGGCACAAGGCUGCGAAAGAAACCCAGCAGACAGCCAACACCAAAAGCCCUGAGCAGCCUCCUGUGAGCUGUGUGAAAGCAGACAGAAAUGUCCCUGCCUGCCCGGAGCCGCUGCCCAAGCAGAACCCGAAAGCGCCCGAGCCCGCGGCGCCUCCGCAGAGCGUGAGCACAGAACCACCCCGGGAGGGCACCAAGGACAAGGGCUCAGCCACCCCUCUGCCCCUCAGCAAGCUCUUCUGGAAAAAGAACUCCUCGGAAGAAGCAGAGGCCGUGAGCAAUGAGAAGGCAGAGGUGGCUCUGGAGGCCGUGGCUCCCGACAGGGACGAGAGCAAGGGCACAGAAAGCACCGAGGUGAAACCGCGAGGGGCAGAGAGCAAAACGCCCAAGGCAAACCUGAGGAAGUUCUUCAAGCUGUCAGGCAGGGGAGAUGGAGGGACCCCCAGUGCAGAAGAGGGACGUGGUCCCAGCCCCAGACACCACACUUUGAACGCCACGGAGAAGCCUCUGGCCCCAUCCCAGAGCGACCCCGGGGGCCCGAGGAGCAAAGAGGGCUCCAAAGACAAGAAGGCCACGCUGGAGCUGGGCAGGCAGAAGGGCAGGGAGCAGCCCGAGCCCCGGGAGCAGCCAGCGGCCGAGCCCGACUCCAUCCACAACGGCGGCGACGCCAAGGAGCCCCCCUGCAAGAAGGCAGAGAAGAGGCAGUCCCUGGGAGGGUUUUUCAAAGGCCUUGGCUCCAAAAGGAUGUCGGAUGCAGAAGUGCAGACGGAUCCCGUGUCCAUCCUCCCUGCUGGCAAAUCCAAGUAGUGCCCAGCCCUGGCUGCUCAGGGAGGCUCAGCAGCUCUCUGGGAGCUCCAGGAAUGACUCCUUUCCUUUCUGGCAGCAGGAAUGACUGACUCCUUUUCCCUCCCACGGCUGUCACAAACACCCGGGGCUGAAGCAAACACUGGGCACCAUCGCAGGCUGUCACUGGCAGGGUUUGUUGGUUCCUCACCUGUAGAAAGCAGCUGUACAGAUCCCCAUGAAAUGUGUGUAAGGUAAGGUGCUGUGGAUGGUUGGAGGUGUGGGUAAGGCAGGUACGAGGGUGGCAGAGAAUUCAAUAAAUGGCAGGAAAAGCAAGCAGGUGGCAGAGGAAGGCAGCGAGGCACGGGCAGGGAAUCCUCCGCUUCAGAGAGCUUGAGAGCAGCCAGGAAAACACAAAUCCCUGCAGAAAUGUCCUGCUUUGGUGUAACCACAGCCCAGUCACUUCUGGGGGGUUUGGAUGGAGCUGGGAUUGGAGCUGAGCCCCUCAGCCCGGCAGAGCCCGUGGUGACCGAGCCCUGCUUGCUGCUGGUUAUUAAUGUAAAUUAAAACGCUAAAAUGCAAAGGCUUGGCGGGAUCGGGCAGCUCCUGUCCCGGCCGGGCGGGGUGGGAUAACAAAUUAAAAGCUAUUUAAGGUUCUAAUAGGACACAAGAGGGCAGCCACGUCCCCUAACGCCGGGCUGUGCCUGCCAGCCCGGAAUUAAUGUUCCUUAGAUCAUAGGAAACUUAGCUGUUCAUCCUGAUGUUUGUUUAUAUCCAUACUUGUAAUUAAUCCUAAUAAAAACCAAAAUCAAAGCUGCCCAGGCAGCUCUCUGCUUCACAAGACUCCUGUAAUAACUGUAGUUAAUAAAUUUUACAGAAAAUAAAGAUUUCUGUUCGUUCAAGCCUAGCCUGUACAGGGAACCAGGGGCCUGACGUUUUAAUCCACACUGAUUUUAAUGAUGCAAUACUGUAUAUUUUGACAUCCUUAUCUUUAAAUAAACUAAUACUUAUCAUUUGAAACAAAAAA